AUGGCGGAGACUAUCUCGACUCGAGUCGGUCACGCUUUCGCAAAGCUUUUACGUAUUGAUUUGAGUCCAAUUCCCUCGGUCGUCGGAGAUGACACCAGGACUUAUGGCUAUUACGAGUGUGAGCCUACGGUGGGCGACUGGUUUCGAGGUCAUACACCUACCGCUCCUCAAGUUCGUCGCUACGUUUGGGGCCUCUUUCCUUUCCUCCAUUGGAUCGGGUAUUACAACGUGCAAUGGCUGAUUGGGGAUCUCGUGGCAGGCAUUACUGUUGGCGCCGUGGUCACUCCACAGGGUAUGGCAUACGCUGAGCUAGCCAAGCUGCCCCCAGAGUACGGUCUCUAUUCUUCGUUCAUGGGGGUCUUGAUCUAUUGGUUCUUCGCAACGUCCAAGGACAUCACUAUUGGGCCCGUGGCGGUCAUGUCUACGCUCAUGGGUUCAAUCAUCAUCAGGGUUCAAGCAGUUCACCCCGAAAUAUCUCCACCGGUCCUUGCUUCCGCUCUGGCCAUCAUUUGCGGUGCGAUCGUGUUAUUCCUCGGAUUGCUGCGUCUUGGCUUCAUCGUCGACUUCAUUCCCCUUCCUGCUAUCACCGCUUUCAUGACUGGGUCCGCCAUCAAUGUUUGUGCAGGUCAAGUGAAGACAGUCCUCGGGGAGAAAGCGCAUUUCUCUACGCGUGGGGCAACCUAUAAGAUCAUCAUUGAUACGCUGAAGCAUCUCCCAUCCGCUCGGAUGGACGCUGCUAUGGGUCUCACAGCGUUGGCAAUGUUAUAUGGUAUACGGUCUGCGUGCAACUACGGAACGAGGAAGCAGCCCCACAAGGCCAAGCUGUUCUUCUUUCUGUCGACAUUGCGCACUGCCUUUGUCGUUCUCUUCUACACCAUGAUCAGCGCUGCGGUCAAUCUCCAUCGACGCGACCAUCCUGCCUUCAAGCUACUCGGUAAUGUCCCCCGCGGAUUCAAGGCUGCAGGAGUUCCCAAAAUAGAUAUUCCAAUUAUCAAGGCAUUUCUUGGUGAGCUCCCUGCGGCUGUGAUUGUUCUGCUGAUUGAGCAUAUUGCUAUCUCGAAAUCAUUCGGUCGUGUCAACAACUAUACCAUUGACCCAUCGCAGGAGUUUAUUGCAAUUGGCAUAUCGAACCUACUCGGUCCGUUCUUGGGUGCAUACCCAGCUACAGGUUCAUUCUCCCGAACUGCUAUCAAAGCAAAGUGCGGCGUACGAACUCCCCUCGCGGGUGUGAUCACUGCCGUUGUCGUCCUUCUUGCCAUUUAUGCGCUGCCUGCCUUGUUCUUCUUCAUUCCCAAAUCGUCCUUGUCGGCCGUGAUCAUCCACGCAGUAGGAGAUCUCGUUACACCGCCGCGUAUCACCUAUCAAUUCUGGCGUGUAUCUCCAAUUGACGCACUCAUCUUCUUCAUGGGCGUUAUCGUGAUCAUAUUCUCAACCAUCGAGACCGGAAUUUACUGCACAAUCGCCGUCUCACUAGCAGUACUCCUUUUCCGACUUGCCAAAGCCCGGGGUCAAUUCCUGGGAUACAUUCAGGUCCAUUCAGUCGUGGGUGACCAUAUCCUCAACGCAUCCCAGGGGGACCCAAACACAGAAUUCGAAGAUGAUACCGAAGGAUCUCGAAGAAUCUACCUCCCAACCGAGCAUGACGGUGGCACAAACCCCCGAAUCAAGAUCCACCAGCCAGCCCCAGGAAUCUUCAUCUACAGAGUCUCCGAAGGAUUCAACUACCCCAAUGCAAACCACUACACAGACCACCUAGUCAGCCACAUCUUCAAAGCGACCCGGCGCACAAACCCACAAGCAUGGGAAACAACAGGCGACAGACCCUGGAACGACCCUGGUCCAACCCGCGCCGAACGCAAACUUCUUCUGUCGGAGGAAGCACCCACUUCCCCACUCCCAACUCUGCGCGCUAUAAUUCUCGAUUUCGCCGCCGUCAACAACGUAGACGUCACAUCCGUGCAGAACCUCAUCGACGUCCGCAACCAGCUUGACCGUUGGGCAUCCCCAGACAGCGUGCAGUGGCACUUUGCGAACAUCCACAACAAAUGGACGAAGCGUGCUCUCGCAGCCGCCGGCUUCGGGUUCCCCACCGUCUCAGAUGGGACAGGUCCUCGAUGCCAGAGGUCGAUCUUUAAUGUUGCGGAGAUAUUGGAUGGCGGACUACCUGCGUUAGUAACUCAGUCUCAAGUCGGCGGGUUGGAGGAAUGGUCAAAGGACUUGGAAGUUGGCCUGAAUGUGCAGGAGAGCAGUGCCUCGUCGGUGAUGGAUGUCACUGAGGAUAAUAUCCAGGUUGUGCAGACUGGUGAGAGUACGAAGGUUAAUACCCAUCGUCGUCGCGGUCGAUCUGGUGUCGGUACUUGUAUGGCGGCCGUUGAUGGAAUCAACCGGCCUUUCUUCCAUGUGGACCUGACUAGUGCUCUGAAGAGUUCUAUGGCUGAUUCUUAG